GCCGCGCGUUGAUUUGAGGGAAGGGUUGAUUAGGCUUCAACGCGAGUUAGGCUAUCGGUGGCGUCGCGCGCAUGCCACACUAAGUUAUUGGGUUUGGAAAUGCUAAAGCGCCUCCUCGCUGAUAUGCACUCGCACACAAAGCAAAGGGAUCCGCUCGCGAAGCUGGGAACUAUCUACUGAUCCUCCAGGUCUUAGUACAAAACACGGGAAUCUCGUCCUGGGCAGGUCCUCUUUAUGGGAGCGGACACAAGGAUGGUUAUGUAAUGGGUCUUGGAGAAGUGCCCGGGAAACCUUCCCUUCAUGUGGAAAGCAGAAUGAGCAGGUUUCUUUCAGCCGAGAAGAAGUUUGGGUUCGACCUGAAGCACAUCAGGAAAUAAGGAAUCACAGUUAUAAAGGGAUAAUAACAGAAUAUAGAGUAGCUGCAGAACAUUCUCACUAAUCAAGAGAGGGUAUUCUGGUUCGCACCUUUGGAUUGUACGUUUUUCGCCUGGCUGGCAGGAAAACAUAUUGGAGUACGUUAUUUGGAUCUUGUGAAAUAUCCUAAAUCUUUGGGAAAGCAGACGAAUAACCCAACAGAUCAGAGACCAACGCUUGCCCAUCAUGGAAAUGGAAAUGCUGAUGUUAUAAAGAUACAUUUGUGGUCAAAUGACCGUCUUUACGCGCUCUCUAAUCUAACUGCCCUAGCCUAUCUAUGAGAUGGAAAAACGAGGACUCAACGGCGUCCUUUAUUAUUUAAUUCUUAACGCACCCUUGUUCUUCUGUGUAAAUGCUACAUUUACUGAAGUGCCCAAAGAUGCGAGUGUCAGUGAGGGAGAAGACGUUGAGAUGCCGUGCGCCUUUCGGGCCAUCGGAUCAUCGCCCUUCUCGCUUGAAAUCCAGUGGUGGUACCUAAAGGAGACAACACCUAAAGAGCAUGUACACGAACUGCAAAUAAGCGCUCCUGCGAACAGAGCCAAGGUCACUCAAAAGGAUGCCACAAAAAUAAGCACUGUGAGGGUGCAGGGCAGCGCCAUAUCUCACAGGCUGAGUCUGUCCAAGGUGCGGAAGGAGGACGAGGGGGUGUACGAGUGCCGAGUUUCCGACUUGUACUCCGACGAGACUCAGGAAUACAAGGUUCAAGCCACCCUCCGGGUGAUUCCGCGUGAUGGCAUGGUGGCCGAGGAGGCCGUGUCCCACAUCCAGAAUAGAUGGCCACUGAGGAACAGCAAGGACGCGGUGGCAGGGGGGCGGGCUACCUCUGAGCCGGGUCAGGGAAAGCCUCGCGUGCCUCCUCCAGCAGGACAUGGCCCCCUCCCCGCCAGCACGACCACCACUGCCUCCUCAGCAAAGUCCUCAGCUUCUCCGAGGCCCGGCAAUGCGGCCAUCCUCCGACAGCAGCAUGGAGCAGGUUCUGGAGCCAUUACCACCACUGACCCAUUCCUCUUCAUCACUCUCCUGAUCCUGCAUAAGCUCCUCCCCUUCCUGUUUGCUCAGUAAGAGACUUCAACCAAACGACGACCCGAAAGUGUUUACUUUAUGUACCAAACAACGAAAGGGAAAUAUAUAUAGAUGUAAACCGUUAUGGCACAUCACUGAGGAUGAGGAAACUAAUGGCAAAGAGAGGAGAAGAAAGGACUGAUGAUAUAAGGACUGAAUGAAAGAAAAGGGGAAGGAGGAGACGGUGGUCUUCUGACUGGGACUAAUAGAGGACACGUCUAAGAACUGGAUUCAUAUGGAUUGUAUGAGAAGCAUGAAACAAGGAAUCGAUGUGAAUAGGAACUUCACCUCUGUGUCAUACACACAACCAACAUCCACUAAACGCUGCAUCCAGUUUCCAAAUAGUAUCUGCCGUGCUUCAUGCAUGGCUGUUCUUAUUUAUUUUCGGGUGGAUAUGUUUUUAUGUUUUAUUUUCUAUUAUAUUUUCAGUUCUAUGGAUUUUAUUUGGAAGUCAUUUUUCAGGAUUUUGAAAUAAUUUUGAUCAUAUCUGCUUUUGGUAGAUUUUUUUCUAUUUUUUUUCUAAAAGAGAUCCACUCAUGUUUGUUUAAGUUGAUUUGCAUGAGCUGUUGAACAGAAACACAUCAUGUUUUUUCACAGACAUCAAAGAUGGGGCUUUUUCUAUAUUUGGUUCAUUCAUGGAGACUGUGAGUUUAUGUAGUUAUGUUGCCCUCUCUCUCUCUCUCUCUCUCUCUCUCUCUCUCUCUCUUAUGAUUUCUCAAGCUCUCAAGCUUCAUGAUGUAUACAAAUAUGACCUUAUAUAUUUUGAUUAAAUAAGGCACACAUUACCAUAGUUGUUGUUAGUCACCUUCAAUAAUGUUUAUUUUUAUUAAAGAUUUGGUGGUCAAAAGGUAAGACAUUCAUUUAUAAAAACAAAACAAAAAAACGUAUUGGUAUGUUGCCAACACCAGUUGAAAUAAAAGUUGUUGUUUUUUUUAAAUAAAAAUUGACAUCCAAGGCGUUAUAUGUGAACAUUAAAUCUAUGACGCUUUCUUUGACCAUACAGGAAGCCAUGCCUUAGUGCUCUCUAAAGUAUAUGGUUGACCCAUAUCAUGAGAUAAAUCAUUCCAUGAACUGGAGGUGAAUUAGGCAUGUAGGUCACUGUCCAGACAGAUCCUUCAUGCCAGUGCCACAAGCACUAAUGUCUAAUGAAGCGCCUGCGUGCAUCCCUGUCCAAGUCUAUCUCCAAAGUCAGUUGCAGAACCAGUGUCUGAGCUCUAUUGAAUCCAUGGGAGAUAUGUGACCGCUGAGCAGCUGUUGAUACUGGCAAAGCAGACGCAAGGUACCACUUGAGCGCCCACGUUGUAGACUGAGGGUCGCAACGCAGUCCCCUGGGAGUAGUGAGCUGUGAUGUAGUCUUUCCGGCAGGAUAGGCACACAUUCAGCGGAAGAAUUCUUGCUCGUGUAAGCAUGUCUAACUAACUAACCAAAAAAUGGAACAAGAUACGCCACUACAGUUCAUUUCAUUAGUCGAAUGUGCAUCCCAGGGAAGAGCAACGGCAACUCCCUACCUAGUCUCCUCUUGUUGUCUGUUUCAAAAUCUUUCAUCGUUUAUCAGUUUAUCACAUUAAUAUUGGUGGAGAAUGGGAACUUUAGUUUGGGUCCAGGCAGUCCUUUGGUCUCAAUAGAUGCCUAGCAGACAUGAUACAAACACAAACAGAAUUCUCAUUGCAAGUGUUGAAUGUCAACGACAUUGGGUAGUUUAUUAUCUUUCCCUAAAACUAUCGUUGUGAUUCACUCUUGUGUACGGACUGUGUUUGUGUCUCCUUCUCGCCCUGGAAAGCCAUUCUUCUAACCAAUGACCGGGGUGGACAAUGACAUCCAGGGUAUUGGAUGCGUAUUAGGAAGUUUUGCCACAUCUCGUUUGCGUAAUACAUGACGGCGUUCUGUACGGCGAGGCAGGCAGUCAACAAGGAACCCAAUGAUUACUCCUCGUCGGCGUCUGAUUCAUUCUGGCGCACACCUCUCCCCUGCCGUUAUAGAUGGACUGCAUUGAAGUGACAAAGCCAAGUGAGAGUAAAGCAGACACUCUCCUGCUCUGUGGAUUGUGCAUAAGGAAAUAAAAACGUUGGCUUAGUGCUGCACAGAGAAAAGCACAUGACCAAUACGCAUGAGAAUAUCUUAAAUAAAGAAUAGUUAGCCUCUUUGUUUUAACUCUGAAGAUACUAAUUGAGGAAUCUCAUGUGCCUACUAACAAGCUGCUUCUGCCUUAGUUAGGCCGGACUAAGAAUACACUUGAAUCAAUAAUGGGGCCAUUAGACGUUCUCUCUUUUGUACUGUUGGAGCACAACAUCAGUUUGGUUUAUAUAAGACCUAUAAAUAUAUCAUUUGCUGCGUUUACUGGCUCACCAAGAUGUAGACGUAUUACCUUCACCAUAAUCCAGACUUUACGACAACAACGAAAAAAGAUCCGCCAAAAAAUAGAAAAAGAAAUGCAUUAUGAACAUGUCUUUCCAUUUACAGCAUUGGGACAUGGCAGAACAUUUAAGGUCAGGGUGAGAACACAUCAUUCAUAUCCUGUGGUGUGAGAGUAAGGUCAAAUUCAAAUUCAAAAGUCGUUACAAGGAGUGGCUAGAACAACAAUUCACCACCAACAACUGUUCGUCUGUCUGGAAGAUAUCCAGCAGAUCAACAAAUA